GUACCCCGGGUUGCUUGAAAUCGCCUCGGGGGCUGAAUCGAGACUAGGGAAGUUGCAAAUAUGGCGGGGUUAUCUGUUUGGGAUUAUGUGGUUUUCGGUGUGAUGCUAAUUUCUUCCAGUAUUAUUGGAAUUUAUUAUGGCUGCAAAGCGAAGGGAAGAUCGACCAAGGAAUACCUGAUUGCUGGUGGCUCAAUGCACUGGUUCCCGAUUUCUAUGUCACUUCUUGCCUCGUUUUUCUCUGCAGUGGGUUUGAUGGGGAUCCCAGCCGAAGUUUACACAUACGGAGUCAGUUUUAUAUUCCAUGUGAUUGGCUUUACAACAACUAUGAUACUAGCAGCUCAUGUAUAUGCACCCAUCUUCUACAAAAGCCGUAUUACAAGUGCAAAUGAGUAUCUGGAGAUGCGAUUUUCAUCUGGUGUGAGACUUCUUGGAUGUAUCCUGCUUAUACUGCAAUAUGUGCUUUAUUUAUCUGUUGUGCUGUUUGCACCAAGUUUGGCACUUGAAGCUGGUAUGUGACAGUUUUGGCCCAUU